AGCUACCGCACGAUCGUACUUGACUCAUCUUAAGUAGAUAGCAACGACCGAAGUCCAUUUGCGUUGACGACGAUAUUAAAAUUGUACGCUAGAGAAACAUUUGAAUAUAUUCAACAACGGAGAGAGAUUGUUCAGAUUUCGGCUUCUGUUCAGUAAUUGCCUAUCUUCUUCUGUCUGUAACAAUCGCCAGCCAGUUGCAGCGUAUUGUUUGCUGUGUCUUGCAUCAAGAGAGAAUAUUCGUUAGAGAUGUCGCAUAUGUAUGAGAAGGUGGUGAGUGUGCUUUCAGCGCGUCCAAGUGUACGGAAAGAAAAUGACAUUAAUGUCCUCGUACCCUGGUUUCAAGUGAGGUCAGAUUUAUUCAAGAAAUUGCAAAAAGAAACAUUAAAGGAUAUUAUACGAAACUGCGAAUUCCGGGAAUACGAAUCAGAUCACUUGAUCAUUAGGCAGGGAGACGAAGGUCACAGCUUCUACAUCAUAUUGCGGGGUACUGUAUCGAUAUAUAUAAGAUAUACAAAUGAUGAGGACAGCGAUGAUGGUGAGUCUCCGAAAGCUGAUACCAAAAGCAGUGAAAGUAAAGAGAGAGAUAGGCCUACUAUCACCAGUGAGGCUACCGGUGUCAGGCCAAAACUUAACAGAAAAGUAUAUGGCUCUUAUAUAAGAACGCUCGAUGGUGCUGGGCUAAGCUUUGGAGAACUUGCUCUUAUCAAGAAGAGCAACACACGGAACGCUUCUGUAAUAAGUGACUCCAAGAUGCAUGUGAUCAUUGUGAAUAGGGAUGUUUACAGUAGAUCUUUGAAGAUUAGCCAGCAAAAGGAUCUUGAAGAACGUACCAACUUUGUCGAUACGUAUCCAUUAUUCAGAGACUGGCGACCUCGGUAUCGGUCCAUGCUGGCGAUGAGCCUACGUCGAGCAACUAUUGAAUUCAACAACAACAUUGUAAGACAGGGCGCCCCCCUUACAAACCUCUACUUCAUCUUGAGUGGGUUGGCCAUAAUGUCUACCGACAUAUCACUUCAUCGAAAGCAAUAUAAAGACAAGCUUGACGUUGGAAUUGAUAUAAGGCCACCACCUAACAGACGAUUUAUGAAGAAAGUUACUAAUACCGCUGUGAGGAGUGUAUAUGGCGCGGCCAACAGGUUUGAUCUUUGCGUCGUUGGACAGGGAGACAUCGCAGGUGAUAUUGAAGCUGUCUUGCGCCUUCCUACUCAUAUGCAGUCGAUUCGAUGUAUCGAACGAGUUGAAGUGUACGAAUUGGAUAUGAAGUACUACGAAAAGCUGAUAUACAGAAAGAACCAGUCUACACUGAACAUAAUGGAGCACUUGGCGGCUAUAAAGAUCGAGCAUCGGUUGUCAAGGAUACCUAGAGACGCUGAUGCCUUAAUGUUUGAAUGGGCCUCAGAAAAGCUACGGGAAAAGAAUAUGAACGACAAAAUGCCAAUACAAGAAGAAACUCCAAGCAACAAGUCCAACUUAUGGAUGACGGAGAAAGGACCCCUCCUAGAUCCAACUGGGCCAGGGUCCCUUCUAUAUCACCUACGGAAGCUUGAGAAACAAUUAGCAAGGAAGAGACGCCAAAGACGAGAGAGGGCUGCCAAAAGCGAAACUGAUUUCCAAAUCCAGAGGCUUAGGCCUACUCUAAAACCGUCCGAAGAAUUAGGGAAACCGUUUGUAUCAGAGAAAAGCUAUCCGAGCGUAGAACAAAAACAAGAUCAAUUAAAACUGGGAUUGAAUUCAAUGACGUUGUCAUUUCUAAACUUACAGACAAACCUAGAUCUGGAACUUCCUUCAAUUCCAUUAAGACCAGCACCCAAUUCACUCCACCAUCCAAGACCUGAAAAAGGUAAACUUAGACCUACUCUACAAAGUCAAGCCGUCAAGAACAUCGAUGAAUUAUCAGUGGUAACGGACCACUCCCACACAAGCCAUGUUUCAGAAACACUCCCAGGACUUAUAGGUCCAGAUACUACGACACAGCACCAAUCACUUCCUGUAGGAAUGGAUAGUUCAAUGGAUUCCUCAGAAGAAGUUUUAAAUCAAGCGGAUAAUCGAUUAUCGGAAAGUUUCGAUGCAACCAACCUAUCGAAUCCAUGGGAGGACGACCAGAAGACUGAGCUAAAACUACUUUCAAGCUUAAGAAGGCCAAACUCAUCAACCACUUCUUUGGACGAAUCAGCGAGUUCCUUUUCAGCAUCUAUUAUGUGUGGUAACAUAAGUAAUAGGUCAAUAGAUGAACCGAGUACGAAGCCAAUGGGAAGCAUAGGGAGUCACCCAGCAACCGAUUUCUUGGGAUUUACGGAACGGAAUAGUGCGGUAUUCGAACUGAUAUUUUUUGUGUCCGGUACAAUCGUCAUCAUUAUCAUCAACACGCAGUAACAGAGUACAAAAUAUUGAAGGAGACACUUCGAAGAAAGCAGAAGCGUCAUUCAAGCUAUUUAGAAUCGGUGUGGUCACCAUGACAGCAUCGUGAUGGGAUAAGAAAAGAGCCUAAACUCCCACCUACCCACCACGUGAACUCAUGUCCAUCAUGCACGCGUACUGAGAUACACUAUGAAUGUCAGACCCGUCAGAGGAAAACAAUCGUGCUUAUGUUCUUCUGAGCAUGCUCAUUUGAAUACAUUCCUUGAAAUUUGAAACAUGAUGUGUUUUGAAGUCAUGACGUUAUGUUGCUUGAUUUCUAUGUAUAUACCUCCAUGAUCUGAUAAACAUUCCCUAAUUUUACCAUACGUACGUUUCCCUCAGGCUUGGUUUAUAUCCCCGUAUAAAUCUCUACGUCAUUACUUCGCAUCAUAUCACAUCAAUUGCACAACGAUGGCUUCACUCUGAAUGGGGGGGGGGUGAGGACCCCGCAUGACUGACAGCAAAUUAGUUCCACUACAUGGGUAAAAUAUUAAAAAUGACCAUUACGUUUUCAUUGGAAUAGGGAUUUAGUUCUGGGUUUUUGUACCGCAUUCUCAAUUUCCCACUCCCCAAGGCUGAAGCCAGCCUCUGCCCCUGACCUAAAUUAUGAUUUUGCA